CAGAGCUCGGCCCCGCCGCGAUGCUGCAGCUCCGGGACGCGGAGGACGGCAGCGGCCCGUCCGGUAGCCCCGGCAGCCCCGGUGCGGCGGAGCUGCUGGUGCCGGGGGGAGCCGGGCAGUCCCCGGAGCCGGUCCCGGUCCCGCAGAGGCUGCAGCCGCUCCGGGUCCGCACCGCCACCCGCGCCGGCCGCCUCCGGGAGUACUUCGUGUUCCGGCCCGGCAGCAUCGAGCGGGCCGUGAGCGAGAUCCGCGUCGUGGUGUCGCCGGCGGAGGACGGGGAGGUGCAGAGCGUCUGGCUGCUGGCAGAAAUCGACCACUGGAACAACGAGAAGGAGAGGCUGGUGCUCAUCACAGACUGGUCCCUGCUCAUCUGCAAGUACAACUUCAUCAGCCUGCAGUGCCAGCACGUCACCAGGAUCUGCCUCAGCGCCGUGGACACCAUCUCUGUGGGGGCCUUCCAGUUCCCACCCAAAUCCCUCAACAAGCGCGAGGGCCUUGGCCUCAGGGUGCAGUGGGACAAGCAGGGCCGUGGCUCCUUCCUCAACAGGUGGAACCCCUGGUCCACCAGCAUCCCCUACGCUACCUUCACCGAGCACCCCAUGGCCGAUGCUGAUGAGAAGAUUGCCUCCCUCUGCCAGCUGGAGAGCUUCAAGACUCAGCUCCUGCAGGCUGUGAAGAAGGCGCACAGGGAGCGGCCGCUGCCGGGCCGGGCCGGCGGAGUGCUGCUGCUGGAGCGGCCUCUGCUCAUCGAGACCUACCUGGGGCUGAUGUCCUUCAUCAACAACGAGGCCAAGCUGGGCUACUCCAUGACAAGAGGCAGAAUUGGCUUCUAGGAGCCCUGGUGCUCGGUGGUGCCAAGGGAAGGGAGCUGCUGCGCCUCCCCUGGGCAGGGCACGGGGGGCA